CCAGGGCGUGUACGUGAGGGGACACCAAAGGACGAUCGCCUCCGCUCACGACAUCUCGCUGGAAGGAGUUCAGCGGAAAGGAGGAAGAAGGUUCGUCUCGUCUCAGCUAACGUCGCGUUCGUUCGACGCUUCAGUAAACACCGAGUCCGCCGCCAUGAAGCUGCUGUGGGCUGUCAGCGCCCUGCUGCUGGGCUGUUUGCGAGUCGACGCGUCCACAGGCCCGACAAUCCUGACUGAACCUUCUGAGGUCAGCAACCAGACCUCCGCAGUCCUCCACUGCAACUUGACGGACGCCACCCUUCCCAUCUCGGGCUCCCACUGGACGCACAACGGCAAAGUCAUCGAAGAUUCCAAGUCAGAGGCUGCCGUUCCACACACCGCCCUCCGUUUGGAUAAGAUCACCUACACUAGCGGGGGGAAGUAUGAAUGUGUGUUCCUGACCGAGCCACAGGCAAAGCGGACAAUUGAAGUCAAAACUCUUCCCCACGUUGCUGCCUACAAGCACUCUGAGCACGGCAACGAGCAGGACAAGGGGGUGAUGGUCUGCGUGAGCCACGGCUACCCACUGCCCACCGAGUGGACCUGGGCCAAAGUGGGGGAAGGCUCCCUAGUGUCUAGUCUCAACGGAACCAGCGACAAAUACGAGAUCAAGAGCACCCCCAACAAGACCACCCUGACCAUUAACGACCUGAGCAUUGAAAACGACAUCGGCUACUACGCCUGUUCCGGAACCAACGACCUGGGCACCAACAGGGACCAGAUCCAGCUGCGCGUCCGCAGCCGCCUGGCCGCUCUCUGGCCCUUCCUGGGCAUUGUGGCCGAGGUCAUCAUCCUGGUGACCAUCAUCUUCAUCUACGAGAAGAGGAGAAAGCCCGAUGAGAUCACCGACGAUGACGACUCAGGAGCCGCUCCUCUGAAAAGCAAUUCUAGCGAAAAUCACAAAGACAAGACUGUGAGGCAAAGGAAUUCCAACUAAAAGCUGAAGGAGAUGGACAUCCGGCUGUUAUGUGGCACAUUCUACUGUGCAACCUGCCAUUUUUAAAAGUACCUUUUUGUGCUUCGGUGUUAAACUGUUGGAUUUGUAUUUUUUUUUUUAUUUCAUUCUUCUCCACAUUGUGCAGCCUCAGAACAUAGUGUGAAGUCAUUUGUGCUUGAGGCCCCGGGCAGAUAUUGCAUGAGUUAAAAUGGCGUAAUAGGAAAGUGUCUUGUCGUAGGCGUCCGUGAGGAACGCCUCUUUGUGGUGAUCUUCUGUUGAUGCCGAUGCUUUGUGUUCUCCAAUCACAACUUGUUCUUGUGACGCAGUAGAAGUUUUCAUUCCUCACUGCGAAGGAGAGCACCUUUCACCUUCUGCUACAGCAUGACUAAUUCUCCCUUUUGCAUAGUUUUCAUACUUUGCCUGAAUACUAACGAGCACCAUUUAUUGUUUCUUAAUUUGACUCUUCAAAUGAAAUGCAGAAAUGGAAAUAUUUCAUAUCUGGAAUGUUUUGUUGCCGUGAGAAAUUGGUCAUUUUUAGUAGAAAAGCAUUUUUCCUUAAGUGAAGCUUUUAACUUUUCACAUCACUUAUUUAAAUUGAAGUUUUAGUCACUAACGUUUUUGUUGCUGAUGUCUCAUCCACAAUAAAAAAAAAUCUAUUGUUUUGGACCAAGUGCAAGAGCUGUCUGUUACUUCUGUUGAAUAAAAAUAAUUACUACUCACUAAUGUUUCUAUUUAAUGCGGUGUGCUUCUUUUCUCACAAACUGAUUGUGUGCGAUUGUUGCAUUGUCGUCCCUGUGUAGAUGAUUCAGAAGCCAAAUGUUCCAUUUAACCUGCUUGGUGUUGUGAUUGGAUGUUACAAAGAGACCUAGCCAGAAUUGUGUACAUUGUUGUACUAUCCCAGUACAUGGAGCACCAUCUGUUGUACAACUUGCACAUACUGAAUAAAGGAAUUUGAUUUUA